CAGAACACUCUCAAUGACGUCGUCCCUUGAAAUAGAGUACAGCGUCGACACCAUUUCGGCCGUAGACGAAGAUGACAUCUCCCCCAUAGAAGAAGUUCGUCUCACCGUUUCCAACGACGACGACACGACACUCCCGGUUUGGACAUUUCGAAUGUGGCUUAUGGGACUCUUCUCAUGUUGUCUUCUUUCCUUCCUCAACACUUUUUUCAGUUACCGUUCCGAGCCACUCCAGGUUACCAUGAUCUCCAUUCAGGUGGCGUCACUCCCUGUGGGAAAGUUCCUGGCGAGAAUGCUACCAACCACCAAGUUUAAGAUCCCGGGGUUCGGAAACCGGGAGUUCACGCUUAACCCCGGUCCGUUUAACGUUAAAGAACAUGUGUUGAUCUCUAUUUUUGCAAAUGCUGGGGCAGCAUUCGGAGGCGGCACGGCUUAUGCUAUUAGUAUCGUGAAUAUAGUUCGGGCAUUUUAUCAUAGAAAGAUCAGUUUUUUGGCUAGUUGGAUUCUAGUCAUCACCACGCAGGUUUUGGGGUAUGGAUGGGCGGGGGUUAUCAGGAAGUUCGUGGUGGAACCUGCGCAGAUGUGGUGGCCAAGUAGCCUGGUUCAGGUUUCUCUUUUCAGGGCAAUGCAUGAGAAAGACGGAAGUCGCAUGUCAAGAGGAAAAUUCUUCUUGAUUGCACUUGUUUGCAGCUUCUCCUGGUAUGUGUUUCCAGGUUACCUCUUCCCCACAUUGUCAGCCAUUUCUUUGGUCUGCUGGGCAUUUCCCAAGUCAGUAACAGCCCAGCAGAUCGGAUCAGGAAUGCGAGGGAUUGGCAUUGGAUCCUUUGCCCUUGACUGGUCAGUCAUUGCCUCCUUCCUUGGCAGCCCUCUGGUCACCCCUCUCUUCGCACUUGUUAAUAUCUUCGUAGGCUUUGCGUUAUUCAUGUAUAUCAUACUUCCAAUUGCCUACUGGGGAGUAAACCUUUACAACGCCCACAACUUCCCAAUUUUCUCCUCACAUUUGUAUAAUUACAAAGGAGAACUAUACAACGUAUCAGGAAUUGUAAAUGACAAGUUUGAAAUAGAAAUGCCAGCAUACGAGCAGCAGGGACGUGUAAACCUGAGCGUGUUCUUUUCUCUCACCUAUGGUAUUGGUUUUGCUGCCAUUGUAUCUACUCUUUCACAUGUGGCUGUUUUCAAUGGAAAGGAGAUAUGUACACAACUGCAAGCUUCUUUCGAGGGAAAGGAAGAUAUCCAUACAAAGUUAAUGAAGAAGUACGAGAACAUACCUAACUGGUGGUUUUACCUGUUGCUUGUGUUGACAUUGCUACUCUCUCUUGCUCUGUGUAUUUUUCUGAAACAUGAAAUCCAAAUGCCUUGGUGGGGACUCAUUUUUGCAGCAGGCAUUGCUUUAGUUUUCACUCUUCCUGUCAGCAUCAUAACUGCCACUACGAAUCAGUCACCAGGACUUAAUAUCAUCACAGAGUACAUCAUGGGUUACAUAUUACCAGGAAAACCAAUUGCCAAUGUCUGCUUCAAAACUUACGGAUAUAUAAGCAUGACACAGGCAGUUUCCUUUCUUAAUGAUUUCAAGCUGGGGCAUUACAUGAAGAUUCCACCUAGAUCGAUGUUUGUAGUCCAGGGCAUAGGGACUGUAAUAGCCGGAACAGUCAACCUUGCAGUAGCGUGGUGGCUGCUGACUAGCGUUGAGAACAUAUGCCAGGAUCACCUACUUCCUCCCAACAGUCCAUGGACAUGUCCUGGUGACCGAGUCUUCUUUGAUGCAUCUGUUAUCUGGGGCCUGGUUGGACCCAAAAGGAUCUUCGGUCCUCUUGGAAACUACUCUGCUCUUAACUGGUUCUUCCUUGGUGGUGCCUUGGGACCUGUCGUGGUAUGGCUAUUCCACAAAGCUUUCCCUAACCAGAAAUGGAUCCCACUGAUCAAUCUUCCGGUGCUCUUGGGAGCAACAGCUGCGAUGCCACCAGCAACAUCAUUGAACUUCAAUUGUUGGCUUAUUAUUGGAGUCAUCUUCAAUUACUAUGUUUUUAAAUACCGAAAAGGUUGGUGGCAGAGGUACAACUAUGUUCUCUCCGCAGCCUUGGAUGCUGGAUUGGCUUUCAUGGGAGUGCUCUUAUAUUUCACAUUGACCAUGCAAGAAAUUAGCAUAUCCUGGUGGGGAGGUGAAGGCGAGCACUGCGAUCUCGCUUCCUGUCCAACUGCCAAGGGCGUAGUUGUAGAUGGCUGUCCACUGUAUUAGAUUCAUUUGAACUUAAACAUCAAAUACUUUAGGCUUCCAGGCUCUACCUUUUCAUAAUUAGCAGAUUCUCAAGAAGGAAGAAAAAUAAAAGAGCAUUUGUAAAUCCUGCAACUCCUUCUUUUUCUUUUUUAAAUAUAUUAGGUUUCUAUAUUGAUUUUCUUCUCUGUAUAUAGAAGAGCUUACAAAUCAUCAAACUAAGCACUUCCUUCAGCACUGUACCGGAACUGUAAAACAUGAACAAUCUUGGCUCUCC